AUGUUUUCGAGAAAUUUAAAGCAAUUGGCAAGCCAGUCCCUGCGCUACCAACGUAGGAAUCUAUCCAUUCAUGAAUACCGUUCAGCUGCGUUGCUGAAGAGUUACGGCAUUGGUGUUCCAAACGGAUCUGCCUCUGAAACCGCGGAAGGUGCUUUCCAAAUUGCCAAGGACCUCAACACUGAAGAUCUUGUUGUCAAGGCCCAGGCUUUGACCGGUGGUCGUGGUAAGGGCCACUUUGACAACGGUUUGCAAGGUGGUGUCAGACUGGUGACCUCUCCAGAGGAGGUGAAGGACUUGGCCGAGAAGAUGAUUGGCCACAAGCUCAUCACCAAGCAGUCCGGAGCUGGUGGUAAGGAGGUUACCGCCGUUUACGUUGUUGAACGUAAGUUUGUCAGAAAGGAGGCUUACUUGGCCAUUCUGUUGGACAGAAAGAACCAGUUACCAUUGAUUGUGGCCUCCUCUGAGGGUGGUAUGAACAUCGAAGAUGUUGCCAAGACCAACCCAGAUGCCAUCAAGUCUUACAAUGUUGACUUGGAGGCCGGUGUCACAGACUCUCAGGCUUUGGAGAUUGCCUCCGUCUUGGGAUUCACCAAGCAUGCCCAAGACAAGGCUGCUGACACCAUCAAGAAGCUGUACCAGAUCUUCGCUGAGCGUGAUGCUACUCAGAUCGAGAUCAACCCAUUGAGUGAGACCAUCGACCACGACGUUUUGUGUAUGGACGCGAAGUUCGGGUUCGACGACAAUGCUUCUUUCCGUCAAGAGGAGGUCUUCUCCUGGAGAGACAAGGCCCAGGAAGACCCUGAGGAAGUCAAGGCUGCCGAGUCUGGUUUGAACUUCAUCAAGCUUGAUGGAAACAUCGGUUGUUUGGUCAACGGUGCCGGUCUUGCCAUGGCUACCAUGGAUAUCAUCAAGUUGUACGGUGGUCAGCCAGCCAACUUCUUGGACUGUGGUGGAGGAGCCACUCCUGAGACCAUUGAGCAAGCUUUCAGACUGAUCAUGUCCGAAUCCAAUGUCACUGGUAUCUUCGUCAACAUCUUCGGUGGUAUUGUCAGAUGUGACUACGUCGCCGAGGGUCUUAUUGCUGCCACCAAGUCUUUGGGCUUGGAGAUCCCAGUUGUUGUUAGAUUGCAAGGUACAAACAUGGAGAAAGCCCAGAAGUUGAUUGCCGAAUCUGGCCUGAAGCUCUUUGCCUUCACCGAAUUGGACCCAGCCGCCGAGAAGGUUGUUCAACUCUCCGACAUUGUCAAGAAGGCCAACGACGUUGGUGUCAAGGUCAACUUUGAGAUCUAA